AUGGGUUACACACUUCCUCUCGAUCGUGUCGGAUGGACCUACAUUACCAUUUUCAUCAUUUGGAACAUCCUAACCUUCACUGGUGUCAGCUUCCUAUGGGCUCAUCGCAAGCACCCCUCUGUUCGGAUGCGAAGGCUGCCAGUCUUGUUUGCCGGUAUUGGUGUACUCCACAUCUAUGGCUCCCUCUGCUGUUUAGCCUACCCGAUUGGCCCAGCGGUCCCAUGCUCUCUUGAAUUCUGGAUGAUGUCCAUCACAGUCCCGUUGGGCAUGGCUUUGUUCCACGCCUCGAACAGUCAGUUCUUGCACCUCGCCAGUCGUCAGAAGCAGUUUGCUCGUAUGAGCUCUUUGAAAGACCACGAGCCUAUCGACGAGAAAAAGGCUCAAGAAGUCGUCAACAGCCGGUGGAAGAGGAUCAUGAACGGGGUUGAGCGGGCAGACAAUAUCGAGCGAACAUUGAUCUUCAUUGGAAUCGGCAUGGCUGUUCAACUCGCCCUCGUUCUCUUCGUCUUUUUCGCUUCAGAAAAGUUCCACCACGGCUACGGUAUCAUCAACUAUACCGUACAAGGUACUGGCGGGGAAGUGCGCGCAAACUGCAGCAAGGGCUGGGAGUGGUGGCUGUCGAUCGUAUGGCAGCUAUUCUGGUCUUGGAUUUACGCCCCAUGGAUCCUCUUCAAGUCGCGCGGCAUUCGCGAUGUUCACGGCUGGCGUCUCCAAACCAUCAUCUGUUGCAUUGCUGGACUUCCAGCAUCUCCGCUUUGGCUCCUCGGCCUUUACACUCCUUCGUUUGCUCCCAUGAACGCCGUCUUUCCGCCACCAGUGUGGUUCGCUGUCUGCUUCUGCAUCAUGGAGAUUUGCACCAUCGCGUUCCCAAUCGUCGAUGUGCUCAGGAGCAACAGAUUGCGUCAAGAGACUCUUGAUGCCAUUGCCAACUGGGAAGCUCGUCAGGCGACUGCAAACCUGGAAGUCGUGUCUACCGAUGCACCUCUCAAGAGCCCUAGCGAAUUCUCCAGUACGACGACACUCAAGUCUGGUGGUGAGAUCAGCGUCGGCGACCGCUCAUUCGACUCGCAGAAGUCUGACAUUUUGACCAUGACUGCCCUGGAGAACGCACUCAGGUCCAACGCCAUGCCACUGCUCCAAUUUGCUGCCUUGAAGGACUUUUCUGGCGAGAAUGUUAGUUUCCUAACCCACGUCUCAGACUGGCGCCUCUACUGGUUCUCACCCAAGUCAUCCAUUGCCGACCACCGCCGCAAGCAGUUCCUUGCUGCCACGCGCAUCUACGCUCACUUCAUUUCCCUCGAGUUUUCCGAAUUUCCUAUCAACAUCUCAUCAAAGGAGAUGAAGCGCCUUCACAUCGUUUUCGAGAGGACAGCAAAACUUCUCUUCGGCCGUCGUCUAAGUUCCGACUCCUCUUCGUCGAGCGACGCUACACCCUUUGACAAUGUCAUGCCCGAUGAUGCAUCGGACUCGCCCAUCAACGACAAGAGCAACGCCCACAUCUCGGCGAACGCUAUCAGUCUUGAUAAACUUGGACGUGCGAACUUGAAGGCUGUAUCCCGAUUGGGCGAGCUCUACGGGGACGAGUCAGUCAUAGACGUUGACGUUCCGGACUCGUUUAACGAGUUGGUGUUCGAUGCCGCAGAGAGCGAGAUCAAGUAUCUUGUUCUCACAAACACAUGGCCCAAGUUUGUCAACGUUUCGCGCGCCAACAGUCAGUUGAGCAAGGACGAGGAUGAGGAGAAGGGCAAUGCUUUCAUGAGGAAGUUGCUGUGCGCAUAA